ACGAUGCGUCCUCAAUGCUGGCUUCUGAUUGGUCAGCCGUUCUGCUUAAAUUAGACUUUAUAUCGGAUUACGGAUAGGUUUAAGUGCGACUUCAGACCACACUGACGACUACAGACAUGAGUUCAACCCUUACUAUUGAGUGCACUAUGAGCAAAGUCACAAACGGACACCAUCAUGCGGAUGAAGUUGAACUGGAGCCUUCAGCAGGUGAGCAGUUCCUCUCCGAGGCUUUUAAAGUGAUCCUGGAGGAAGCGGUUCACAAGGCUACAGAUGUGAAGGAAAAGGUGUGUGAGUGGAAGGAUCCUGAGCAGUUGAGGGCUCUUUUGGACUUGGAGCUGAGAGAUCAUGGGGAAUCUCAUGAACAGCUGCUGCAGAGAGUACACGAUGUCACCAAAUACAGCGUGAAAACCAAUCACCCUCGUUUCUUCAAUCAGCUGUUUGCUGGAGUGGACUAUCAUGCCCUGACCGGACGACUCCUUACAGAGACACUCAACACCAGUCAGUACACCUACGAGGUGGCCCCGGUCUUUGUUCUAAUGGAGGAAGUGGUUCUCCGUAGUCUGCGCUCCCUGGUGGGCUGGGCAGAGGGGGAUGGCAUAUUCUGCCCAGGAGGUUCGAUUUCUAACAUGUAUGCCAUGAACGUGGCUCGAUACUGGGCCUUUCCUCAGGUGAAGACGAAAGGCCUGUGGUCUGUCCCACGUCUCGCUGUGUUUACGUCACAGGAGAGCCACUACUCGAUGAAAAAGUCGGCCGCCUUCCUCGGCAUCGGGACGGAGAACGUUUACCACGUGAAAGUGGACGACAGUGGCAGAAUGAUCCCAGAAGAUCUCGAAGCUAAAAUUGUUCAUGCCAAGUCACAAGGUGCUUACCCCUUCUUUGUCAACGCUACAGCCGGCUCCACAGUACAAGGAGCCUUUGACCCCCUGGAGCGCAUUGCUGACAUCAGCGAGAGAAACGGAAUGUGGAUGCACGUUGACGCCGCUUGGGGAGGAAGUGUGCUGUUUUCCAAAAAGUUCAAACAUCUACUCGCGGGACUUGAAAGGGCAAACUCUCUAACCUGGAAUCCACAUAAAAUGCUGAUGACCGGCCUUCAGUGCUCCGUUAUUCUGCUGAGAGACACAACGAACCUGCUGAUGCGUUGCCACUGCGCCAACGCCACCUACUUGUUUCAACAAGACAAGUUCUACGACACGCGCCUAGACACCGGGGAUAAGUCUGUCCAGUGUGGACGCAAAGUGGACUGUCUGAAACUGUGGCUCAUGUGGAAGGCAGUAGGCUCACAGGGCCUCGCUGACCGCGUCGAAAAGGCUUUCUCUCAUCGAAGGUAUCUUGUUGAGGAGAUGAAGAAAAGAGCAGGAUUUCAGCUGGUCUCUGAGCCACAGUUUGUGAACGUGUGCUUCUGGUUCGUGCCUCCCAGCCUGAGAGGGAAGGAAAAUGACACAGAUUAUAAGGAUAAAUUAGCAAAGGUGGCGCCGCUUAUUAAGGAACGCAUGGUGAAAUGUGGCUCUAUGAUGGUCGGUUAUCAGCCUUUGGAUGGUCGAGUCAAUUUUUUCCGCAUGAUCAUCCUUUCUCCUCAGCUGAAGAAAAGCGACUUGGACUUCUUCCUGGAUGAGAUUGAGAGACUGGGGAAAGAUCUGUAAAUGUGCUCUUGGUGCUGAAUCAUCAUUCAUCCUGUGGUCAUUGUCCAUCAUUGGUCUUUUCAGAGAGGCCCUAUAUGGUCGCUCUAUAUCACCUUUUGAUUUUCUUAGACAAGCACAAGCAGUGAGUUUCAUAAAUCAGUUUGUAAUUUAUCUGGAACAGGACUGGCGCUUUGCUGAUAAGAUUGGGGACCACUGAGUAAACGAAGUUUCUCAGAAAAUGGUGCUUCUUUUAUUCAUCACUUUUUGUUCAACUUUUCUUUCAUUCUUCUUCUCUGGGUGUAGACUUCGUUUAUCUUCCAGACUUCUUCCAAACUAUUGAAUCGAAGCAGACUUCUUCCCAUGCAGGUUUUAGAUGAGACUGUUCUUUCUUUCUUUCUUUCUUUCUUUCUUUCUUUCUUUCUUUACAGUCCGUCGAUCAUACACUCAUCUACCCUCCCCCAAUUUUUACACACAUUUCUUUCUGCAUCUUAAUUACAUCAUCCGCUUAUAGACAGAAUUACUGUCACUCGUUUAUUUUUUUGCUCUUGUCAACAUGAUAAAAAAAUAAAACGAAUGUAGCAUUAGGUCAAUUUUAUUACUUUUAAUAAAGUAAAAGGAACAGCUUUUCGUAUAGUCAACAGCCUACUGGCUAUUAUGUUGUAAUAUCAAAGACUUAUGUUGUGCUAGAUCUGCUAAAUGGACGGUUUAUUAGGUACAGCUGUCAUACUGGUGCGCUUUAUAGAUAUAAAAUCGCUGAUGGAUACAGAAGAGGGGAUGGAAAUUAUUCAUAUCAUCAGUUGGGCUAUAGAGAGGAAUUGUUCACCUAUAUGGUAGCUGUACCUGAUGAAUGUAGAUCAAACUGGCUAUAAUACACAAACUGACAACUGAAUGUAUAUUAACGCAAUGAAUCGAUUUAAGAGGCUUCAACGGAAAUUGCUGGGUUAGGAUGAAUUGUAGACUGGUGUCUAGUAGCUAGAAGUCAAAAUGUAAACCCAUUGCAAUUGAUUAGUUACGGCUGUUUGUUUUGUAGCAUCAACUUUUGAUACAUAAGUGUAUUUGUAUACUUCUGAAUUUUCUUCUUCUAUUAAUUAAAGAAAAAAAAAAGA